ACCAGAGUGUCUCUCUUGCCCCAGCUUGGGGAGGGGUCAUAUUGAAAACGGAGGAGGUUUGCUUGAGGAGGUUGGUGUGAAAGGUAAUUUGAGUUUGGCUAGCAAGACAUUUGCAUAGGAAAAUACAUCUGCGCAAAGUUUUGCCAUAGCUUUGUAACGUUAGUGAUUCCCCCGACUUGCAAUUUAAGAUGCAAAGGCUUUAACUAUGGAUUUACGGCAGUGUAGAGCGACACCGCUGAGUUGCAGAAGAGGUUGUCCGAGAUGACUUAUAGAGAAAAGUUUGUAUAGUGUAGUAGUGUAUCCAGCCUGUGUCAAAUUUCCUAUUUGAAUCGAAGCUGCUCUGUUUUCGCAAUAGUUCCGGGCUCAGUUGAGUACAUCGGCUAAUAAAACUUAGGGAACUAAAACGUCUUGAGAUCCUGUCACCUUUAAACUGUCAAAGGAGCAGUAAGUGAUUAUAUCUGGCAUCGAAAAAGAACCUGGGCUCUUCUGACCAGUCAACAGGAGCAGAUGUCAAGCCCGGCACUACUAGGGGAAGGGGGGGAAGGGUCAAAGUUGCCUGAUAAAGAAGAGCUGAACAGAAAGAUUAAAGAGCAAAAAAUUGUAGUUGAUGAACUUUCCAACUUGAAGAAGAAUCGUAAAGUUUACAGACAGCAACCGAACAGCAACAUAUUCUUUCUAGCAGACAGAACUCAAACUCUCUCCGAAUGCACAAUUACUUUAGAUGAACUAAAGAAAGCUCAUCAAGAAAUAGAAAACUCAGAAAAAACCAAGACCAAGAAAUAGUUAAAUCCAAUACAAGUUUACAAUGUGUGGAAUUUGCUGUGUGGUCAGCUUAUCUGCUCAUGCCCCUGG